CGUCCGCUAUUAUCCUUUCGUUCAUACCUCAAAACCAAACUUUCUCUGAGGGAUCCAUCCUUGCUAAACACCAUUAGCAUCGUGACAAUAACCAGCAUGCGUCAUCUAGUCGCGCUCUCCGGAGCCGCCUGGCUCUUGAAUGGAGCGCUCGCCAAGUAUCCGGUUGCUAGAAGUUUGGAUAUCCAGGGCGCCGACAAGAACGGGAAAUACUGGAUCUACGGCGAGGGAAUCGCGGCUGCCUUCAUCCCUUAUGGUGCAUCUAUUUCCAACCUGCUCAUCAAGGACAAGUACGGAGUCGCCCGAGACCUUGUCAUGGGCUUCGACUAUGCCUCGUACUAUGCUGUUGACAAGGCUCAUCCACACCUCGGCGGUGUUCCUGGCCGUUAUGCGAACCGCAUCAAGAACAGCACAUUUGAGAUUGACGGCCAGGUCUACCACGUCGAGGCCAACGAGAACCCCACCGCGGAGCAUCCGAAGGGCCUCGACACUCUCCAUGGCGGACCGGACGGCUGGGACUAUCGCGACUUCGAGGUUGUUGCCUACACCAACAACAGCAUCACCUUCUCUAUCGUUGAUCCGGACGGCAAGGAGGGUUUCCCGGGCGAGGUUAUCUCGUACAUCACCUACACGAUGGGCAGAAUGACGUGGGACGCCAAGAUGGUGGCUAUCGCAACCACCAAGAAGACGCCCAUCAUGUUGAGCAGCCACACGUACUGGAACUUGGAUGGCUUUGCGAACAACGAGACGAAUCUGGUGCUCAACCACACCUUCCACCUGCCGUAUAGCGGCCAGCGGGUCGCUGUCGACAACAUCCUGGUCCCGACCGGCGAGAUCCUCGCCAAUCCCAAGGGAUCGGUCAACGAUUUCUGGAGUGCGCCCAAGCAGAUUGGUCACAGUUUCUCGGACCCUGAGAUCAAGGGAAACUGCGGGUUCAACUGCACCGGCUAUGACAACUGUUGGCUCGUAAACCGCCCGCAGGCUCAUGACUGGCGCGCAAAUGGUGGCUACGUCGCCAGCCUGUCGUCAAAGUGGUCCGGCAUUCGGCUCGACAUCUACACGGACCAGGACGCGUUCCAGAUGUACUCGUGUGGCGGCCAGAACGGGUCCUUCCCGCUCAAGUCGACGCAGGGGGCAUCAAACUUCCCACGGACUGUUCCCAAGUAUGGCUGCGUUGUGAUGGAAGUGCAGGACUACAUCGAUGGGAUCAACCAUCCGGAGUGGGGACGGUUGGGCAAGCAGCUGUUCGAGCCUGGCGGUGAUCCGUACGUGCUGCAGGUGAGCCAUCGCUUUACGGUGGGCUGAGCGGUUCAUCUAUGACUAGGUAGAGAGGAGCAUAUAAUGGGGCAGCUUAUCUUCUUUGAGCCGUG